AGACGGCUACAUAGGUACAAUACAUAUAAAAGAGAGCUUUCCAGCUCGUCUUCCCAUUUUGAAAGCCGAUCUGCAGCCGUCGGGUCAGGAUUUUUCCCUCCCUUCUCCACCAAAUAGUGAGCAGCCGUCAUUGCUCAAAAUGACUGGGCUCAAGUUUUUGGUGAUCUGUUUGCUCACCGUCCAAACCUUGGCUGUUCCUCAUCCCUUUGCUUCUCCACGAAAAGAUUGCCGAUUGGAACGUAGUCGAACGGACACCGGGCAAUGCUUCCUCGAGCCAGAAUGUGAGGAGAAGUGCAACACGGUCAAUGAGCAGAAGUGUUCCACCGUGAAGGAAGACGAAUGUUCCACCGUCAACGAACAAGAGUGCUCCACCAAGAACGAGAAGCAAUGUCGCACCAUCCAGGAACAGAAGUGCAGCACGGUCCAAUCUCGAUCCUGUGAGACCGUGAACGAGAAGAAAUGCUCCACGACCAACGAGCGUGAAUGCCAAACUGUCACUGACACGGUCAAUGAGAGGAAAUGCGAGACGGUCAACGAACGGAAGUGCUCCACCAAGAACGAACGGGAAUGUAAAACUGAAAACAAGCAGAAAUGUUCCACGGUCCAAGAGAAGGAGUGUCGUAAUGUUCCGGAGCGAGAAUGCAAGAAGGUACCCAAACAGGAGUGUAAUACGGUCAAUGAAAGGGCGUGUGAGACGGUCAACGAGCAGAAGUGCGAUACUGUCAAUGAGCGGAAAUGCGAAACGGUCAAGGAACAGAAAUGCGAUCGAGUCAUGGAACGUAAAUGCGAAACGGUCCAGGAACAGCAAUGCAGGAAUGUGCCAGAACAGGAAUGCAAGACCGUCAACGAGCGAAAGUGCCAGACCGUGAAUGAGCAAAAAUGCGACACUGUCAACGAACGGGAAUGUAAGACCGUGAAUGAGAGGAAAUGUUCCACUGAAAUGGAAGAGCAGUGCUCCACCAAAAUGGAGAGGGAAUGUUCGACGAAAAAUGAGCGAAAGUGUGAGACCGUCAAUGAGGAGAAAUGUAAUACCGUCAAUGAGAGGAAAUGUGAAACGGUCAAUGAGGAGAAAUGCUCCAUGGUACCCGAACAAGAGUGUGCCACCACACAAGAGCGCGAAUGUAAGACAGUCAACAAACAACAAUGCCGAACGGAGCAAGAACAGCAAUGCUCGACCGUCAAUGAGCAAGUCUGCAAGGAUAUACCCGAGCAAGAAUGCAAGACAGUCCAGGAGCAAGAAUGCAAAACAACCAUGGAGAGGAAGUUUGAGGAGCAGUGUUCCACCGUCAACGAAAAAAAAUGCAAAAAUGUCCCGGAGCAGGAGUGUAAGACCGUCAAUGAACAGGAAUGCAAAACCGUCAACAAGCAAGAGUGUAAGACCAUCAUGGAACGGAAAAUGGAACGUGAGUGUAACACGGUCAACGAGCAGCAAUGCCGAAACGUGCCCGAGCAGCAAUGCUCCACCGUCAUGGAGCAAGAAUGUUCCACCACGAAUUCUCGAACAACGGAGAACCAAUGUACCACCGUCAAUGAACAACAGUGUACCACUGUCAAUGAGCAGAAGUGUUCCACUGUCAACGAACAGCAAUGCUCAACCACUUAUGAGCAACAAUGUUCGACGGUCAUGGAGGAUGAGUGUUCCACCGUUAACAAUCGACAAUGCACUACAGUUAAUGAACAACAAUGUUCGACAGUCAACAAGCAGCAAUGCUCCAGCAUCAACGAACGAAAGUGUUCGACGGUCAACGAACAGCAAUGUUCCACUGUGAACCAACAGCAGUGUUCCACGGUCAAUGAGCAACAAUGCUCCACCGUUAACGAGCAGCAAUGCUCCACCGUCAAUGAGCAACAAUGCUCCACCAUCAACGAGCAAAAGUGUUCCACCAACAUGGAGCGUGAAUGUUCCACUACUUACGAAACCGUCACCGAACAGCAAUGUUCCAAUGGAGGUCAAGCGCAAUGUAAGACCGUGUAUGAUACCAAGAACGAACAGCAAUGCAACACUGUUAACGAGCAGCAAUGCAAAAAGGUUUGGAAGCAAGUUUGUGAUGGUGGAAACUCCGGAGGCCACAGCAGUUCCAGAAGUAGCAGCACAAGGAGCUCUUCAGGAGGAUAUGGGAGCAGUGGAGGUCAUAAACGGUGGAAAAGAAGUGCUAGUCCGUUCUUCCUCAAUAAAUUGCAGAAACUGUUCGGCAAAAACAACAACCGAGGCGGACACCGACGUUCUUAUAAUAGAGGAAGAAACAAUCGACACCAUGGUGGAAACCGGGGAGGAAACCGAGGUCACAGGAAGAUUAGUAACGGAGGUCAAUACCAACAAAAGCAGCAGCAACAACAACAACAGUGUAGGAUGGUGGAGCAACAAGAAUGUAAUACUGUUCCCAGACAACAAUGCUCCACUGUCACAAAACAGGUUCCUCGUCAAGAUUGCUCAGGUGGUAGUCAACAGGUCUGCAAGCCUGUAACCCGUCAAGUUCCCAAAGAAAGUUGUCGUAAUGUGCCAAGGCAGAGUUGCCGAAAUGUUCCCCGUCAGCAAUGUUCCAAUGUGCCCAAGCAACAAUGUCGCAAUGUUCCACGACAAUCAUGCAAGACUGUUCCACGCCAGCAAUGUCGAAAUGUUCCAUCCCAACAAUGUAAAACAGUCCCCCGACAGAGUUGUCAAAUGGUGCCCCAACAGCGAUGCUCCAAUGUUCCUCAACAGGAGUGUAAAACCGUUCCCAGGCAAUCCUGCUCUAAUGUUCCAAGCACUCAAUGUAAGAAGGUUCCCAAGCAAAGUUGUCGUUCGGUUCCAAUGCAGAAAUGCAACAUGGUACCCCGACAAAACUGUCAAAAUGUACCUCGACAGCAGUGUAAAAACGUUCCUCGGCAGCAAUGUAAACAGGUUCCUCGUAACAACCCCAUGCAACAAUGCCGCAUGGUUCCCAAGCAGAAAUGUACCACGGUGAACUCCCAGAAGUGCGAGAACGUUCCUCGACAGAAGUGCUCAAUGAUCCCCAAGAUGACUCCAAAGCAAGAUUGCAAAAAUGUUCCACAACAACAAUGCCGAAAUGUUCCUAAGCAGCAGUGUCAGACUAAGCAGACACAAAAGUGUGAAAAUGUUCCACGUCAAGAUUGUAAACAGGUGCCUCGUAUGGUUCCACAGCAACAAUGUCGAAUGGUUCCCCGGCAAAAAUGUGAGACCAAGACCCGGAAGCAAUGCCAGAACGAGCCUCGCCAGCAAUGCCGUACUGUUCCCAAACAAAAUUGUCAGACACUUCCCGAACAGAAGUGCCAAAAUGUUCCCAAGCAGUCUUGCAAAACUGUUAUGAAGCGGCGGUGUCAAAAUGUUCCCCAACAGAAGUGCCGGAACGUUCCAGAGAGGAAAUGUCAAACUGUUCCACGGCAGCAAUGUAAGAAUGUUCCCAAGGAGGAAUGCCGCAAUGUUCCCAAGCGCGAUUGCAAGAAGGUGCCCAAGCAAAUGUGCCGUAAUGUUCCCAAGGAAAUGUGUCAAAACGUUCCCCGGGAAAAAUGCCGCAACGAGCCCAAGCAAGAAUGUAAGAACGUCCCGGAGCAGAAGUGUACCACGGUCCAAACGCGCAAAUGCGAUUCAGUUCCAAGGCAGAAAUGUAGCAUGGUUCCGAGUCAAAAAUGCCGCGAUGUCGAUCGCGAGGUUUGCAAGAAUGUUCCCCAACAGAAAUGCCGCAAUGUUCCAAGGGAGCAAUGUCGCAAUGUUCCCCGACAAGCUUGCGAGACCGUUCAAAAGGAGGAGUGCCAAACGGUGCAGAAGGAGCAAUGCCGCAUGGUUCCCAAACAGCAAUGUAAGAAUGUUCCCGAACAAGUUUGCAAAAACGUUCCCAAAGAGGAAUGUAAGAACGUUCCCAAGCAAGACUGCAAGAAUGUCCCACGACAGGUCAGUCGCCAGGAUUGCAAGAAUGUUCCCAAGGAGGUGUGCCGAGAUGUUCCCAAACAGGAAUGCCGAAAUGUGCCCAAAGAGGAAUGUAAGAGUGUUCCUCGACAGGAAUGCCAGACCAUUCCUCGCCAAGAGUGCAAGUCAGUACCGAAGCAGAAAUGCCAGAAAGUCGAUCGCCAGGUUUGCAAAAACGAACCUCGAGAGGUUUGUAAGGAACAAUGCGAGGAUCUGUACUGGUGUAAGGUGUGCAAUUGAUGGAAACAGUCAAUUAUGCUUUAAUUUCCCAACCAGUCCUCAAUGGAGCCAGCCGAGUCAUCAGUAUCAUGUGCAAACUCAUCAUUCCCACUGCCACUGCCCAUUCGUGAUAACUUUGAAAUAUAUACAGUUACCGAAAACUCA